ACUCUGUAUCGAAAGGUCAGAGAGACAGUUCCUUCUUUCUCUCUCUCAUGGACUCUCCGAUCGCGAACGAAGCUGCCGGAAUAGUCUCUGAUGGCGACGAGUCUCUGUUUCACAACGUUCCUCUGGCUCCUGAUGUUCCAGUUUAUGCGGUGAUGGCUGCUUACAAAACGGACCCCAGCCCAAAUAAGCUGAAUUUAGGCAUUGGUGUCUAUCGGACAGAGGUGAGCAUUGAUUUCACUCUAGUGCGGUUCAAUUCUCUCAAUUACAAUAACAUGGUGCAAGUUUAGCUCUCCUUGGAGUAAUCCUUAGAUGGAAUUGCAUUAGCAUAUGUUGAAAGAAAUACUUCAUCUAUGUGGUUCAAGAUGUGAACAUGGCCUCAAGCAGAAUGCUUCCUAUUAAGGGAGACAGGUUUUCUCUCCUUUAUGAUUGUCCCCAUCAUCAUCUUGCACCCUGCAUCACUAGUAAAGAGAUUCAGAUGCGGCUUCUUCUUUCUGGUUUUUUAUUCCUUAAGAAACAUCAUCCCUUUACAUUCAAAUGCAGGUUGGUGGUUGCACUGAUUUUAAAUGAAUGAUAGAAAGCUAGCUUUUACAUGUCCUUGCAUCUGAAUACUUAUUUGCCUUUUUUGAUACAAACAACUUUCUGGUUGAGCUUUGUUUAUGGCAUGACAGGAUGGACAGCCUCACAUGUUGAAUGUGGUUAGACGAGCAGAGCAGAUGCUAGUUAAUGAAUUGUCUGUUGAUAAAGAGUAUCUCCCUAUAACAGGAAUGGCAGAAUUUAAUAAAUUGAGUGCCAAGCUUGUGUUUGGCCCUGAGAGGUACAGGAAAUCAAACUUGCCUUGCCAUUUAUUCUAUUUGUCUUUUCCAUGUUAUGAGUGGAUGCAAUUCUUGAUACUGGAAAUCAUAUAAUAUAAGUGCCUACCAUUUACUCUAUUUCAUUUCUGGAUUGCUGAUGCCUUAUUUUGUUUUUGUGGGGAGAAGCCCUGCAAUCAAGGAAUCCAGAGUGACCACUGUCCAGUGCCUGUCUGGCACAGGCUCAUUGAGGAUUGGAGCUGAUUUCUUAGGGAAACAUUAUCACCAAGUUAAAGACUAAGCUUAUGUUUCAUUCUGCCGUAGAAUUGGACAUCCUUUGACCAUGUUGCUAUUCUUUCUGCAGCACACAGUGUACCUUUCCCAGCCAACAUAUGGCAAUCAUCCAAAUUUUUUCUCUGCAGCAGGGUUUGCUUUAAAAACUUACCGCUACUAUGAUGCAAAAACAUGUGGGCUAGACUUUCAAGGCCUAUUGGAUGAUCUCGGUUCAGCCACAACAGGAGCCAUUGUGCUUCUCCAAGCAAGUGGUCAUAAUCCUACUGGUGUCGAUCCAACCAGUCAGCAAUGGGAGCAGAUCAGGCAGUUAAUGAGACUAAAAAGGUUGCUGCCCUUCUUUGAUUGCGCUUAUCAGGGUUUAGUAAGUGGAAGUCCUAAUGCCGAUGUGGAGCCUGUUCGCAUGUUUGUUUCUGAUGGUGGUGAAUGCCUUGUAGCUCAGUCAUAUUCAAAAACUAUGGGGCUCUAUGCAGAACGUAUCGGUGCACUUCACAUUGUUUGUAAGAAAGCUGAGGUGGCAAGAUGUGUUGAGAGCCAGCUGAGACUUGUGAUCAGACCUAUGUAUUCAAGCCCACCUAUCCAUGGUGCAUCCAUUGUCACCACUAUUCUUAGGGAUAGAGACAUGUAUAAUGAAUGGAUUAUAGAGCUGAAGGCAAUGUGUGAUCGUAUUGCCAGAGUGCGUCAACAACUCUUCGAUGCUUUACAUGUUAGAGGUACCCCUGGUAAUUGGAGCCACAUUACUAGGCAGGUUGGGAUGUAUACGUUCUCAGGAUUGAAUGAAGAGCAAGUCGCCUUUAUGACUAAAGAAUACCACAUAUACAUGUCAUCCGACGGGAGGAUAAACAUGGCAGGUCUCGGCUCAAAAACAGUUCCUUAUCUAGCAGAUGCCAUGCACGCAGCCGUUACGCGUACAUUCUAAUCCUCUUUUCUAUUUAAUUCCCGUAAAAAUCUCAUCCAAACUGCUGUUGUAUCCCUAUCAAGAAAACUCGGCGUGUAUUACUUUAUGCUUCCAGUUGUGAUAAUCAGAAAAUUUGAAGACGUGAGACUUCUUUCUUCCCUAUAUUAUGCAUCCAAAGGGACCAAAUACCAAAGAUAUCAAUGCCUAUAUAUAAAUAGCUGUUAAGUAA